AUAGUGAUGGGAACAUUUGAAGCCCAUCAAUGUGUCAAUUGUUGGUGUUAGUUUGACCAUUCGUUUUUGGAAAAUCUGAAGUUCUAGUCGUGGAAAGGUUUUAAACGAUUUAUAAAGUAAAAAAAGGAUACAUAGUGAUUAUAGACGCCAUGACAAUGAGUUUCUCCAAUGAUUAUGAUUCAGUUAUCACCGACAUAAGUCCUUCCAAGGGAGACGAAGAUAAUUUAGGAAGUAGAACCGAAGCAUAUAUUGAGUUACUUGAAGGAAAGUCAAAUAUUGGAGAAGACUUAUGGCAAACUCCUAAAGCGCAAGGCUUGUAUGAUCCGCAGAAUGAACAUGAAGCAUGUGGAGUAGGCUUUAUAGUUUCUAUAGACGGUACACCAUCACAUAAGAUUUUGAGGGAUGCACAAAUUGUAUCUGAACGGAUGAAUCACCGUGGUGCAUGUGC